CCCGUGACGUCAUGAGAGCAGCAUCAGCUGUUAGCUCCGCUUUAAGCCUUUUCGCUGCCGAUCGCUGUCUGCACAAAGGAAAUAUAUGAGAUCCCCUCUAACACCUGAAAUGGCGACACAGGAGGUACAGCUGAACGAGACUCUGGCCCACCUGAAAACGGAGUCGGAGACGCUGAAGACGAAGCUGGAGGAGGAAAGGGCGAAGCUGCACGAUGUCGAGCGUAAGUGCUGAAAAUGGAGAGGCCUUAAAUCACCUCAGCGAUCACAGUGGGACAGGACGAUUAACCGCAAAAAACCUCUCGAUUACCUCCGUAGUACAACCAAACGUAUUAUAAACGAGAAGGAAAAUCUCACAUGUAUAAUCAGGAUGUAAAUAUUUUAAACAUAUCCCUGCUUUGUCGUUAUCUUUGAUUUGACAGGCGACUUUAAAAAGCUGUUUGUUUGCUCCUUAUUGUACAGCCCACUGCCUCCAUCCAAAAUCCUCCUAUGUAGUCCAGUCAUAUCUCAGUUUAAGGCAACAUUAGUGAUGUUCAAUCUAUAUGUGUCAAGAGGAGAAAAAUAACCCUGUGCAUGUUGGAUGAGAUGCUCCCAUGAGCUAAUGGACAUGACAGAUGAUUGAAAGAUUAAUUCGAUAUUUUCCUGCAUUCAGGCCUAUACUGUUGUUUAAUCCUUAGUCCUGUAGGGAAUACUUAUAUGAUGGAGAGGGUUUAAUGUAUUAUGUGUGUAUUUGUGUGUGUGUGCGCGUGCAGUACAUCAGGUGGCAGAGAAAGUGGAAGGGCUGGGUCAGUUUGUCAUGAAGACCCGGAGGACCCUGAAAGGACACGGCAACAAAGUUCUGUGUAUGGACUGGUGUAAGGACAAGAGGAGGAUCGUCAGCUCCUCACAGGUUUGCACACAGACACACACUCAGUCGGCUCCGCUCCUGUUUGUUCUGCUUUUGCUCGGCUUGCAUUUGUUUAAAUAGCUGGUUUGUUAUCUGAUGAACUGUGUUUAAAUUUGUACUCAUUCCUGAUCUCUCUGUGCAGGAUGGGAAAGUGAUUGUGUGGGAUGCUUUUACUACCAACAAGGUAAAUCCUCUCCAGCACACAGGUGUUUUAUUACACAUUUAAAUUAUGUGUGAUAGUUUUUUUUAUAACUCAACCCAUUCACACACACUAUCUUUGUGAUCCCUUUCACCAAGACUACUUUUCCAAACCUCUUCAUUUCGGUCUAAACUAGGUUUCCACUUCCAAUUAAAGCGUCUAAUAGCUUCUAUUUCUGUAAUGUAAAAAAUUGUAUUUUUAGGAGACAUUUUAGAACAAGGACAGUUAUUCUUUUUAAGUAUCUCCAAAUAUAAGAGUAAAAAUAAAAAAACAAACAUUUUUGAUUAGUUAUCAGCAGAACGAGAAGCCUCUCUGAAUUUCAAUAAAGAUGGAAAAUAACAGAGCUGGCUCACAAGAAAGAUUUUAGACCAAGAAAAACCAAAACUGUAUCUUUUCUUCACAUACCUAAUUUUGAGACAGUUUGUAAAAGGUAGGAUACAGAAAAUUAAAAGACAAUUAACCUCCAGAGAAAUCUAUGACAACUGGGCACUGAUUUAUAAAACAGUGUAUGAUGAAAAAAGUAAGGACACUCAGAGUAAAUAGGAGAAAUUUCAGCAGCAGCUAAUUUAGCAAACUUCCUUUUUUACAGUUAGGGAUAGAAACCUAAUAAGCUGCUCCUGAAGUUGUCAUCAACCACAAUAACGUCCAAAAUUUCCAUUUUUUAAAGUGUUUUGGUGUUGUUCAGUGAUGGAUGAUUAAAAAAAGUGAAAAUGCCAUGAACUGAGAGCUCACAUCAAACAGUUCUGCUCUAUUUCUGCCUAAUGAGUGUGAUUGAUCUGACUGUCCCGGCGUGCCUCACACAGCUUUGUCUUUUGAUGUUUUUCAGGAGCAUGCUGUGACAAUGCCGUGCACCUGGGUGAUGGCCUGCGCCUACGCCCCCUCCGGCUGUGCUGUCGCUUGUGGGUGAGUCUCUUACUAUCAAUAAUGAUCCAAAUGUGUUUGUUCUAUCUAUCCCUUUUCUCCUUUUGAUAAACAGGUUCUGUUUUUCCUCCACAGGGGCCUGGACAACAAAUGCUCGGUGUAUCCGCUGUCUCUGGACAAGAAUGAGAAUCUGGCGGCAAAGAAGAAGUCAGUGGCCAUGCACACAAACUAUCUGUCUGCCUGUAGCUUCACCAACUCAGAUAUGCAGGUAAGAACUCAUCAUUUUAACAAGAAACUGGGUAAUAUGUUAAUAAAGGUAAAAGCCCCGUAUUUUACUAGGGUAUUGAUACCACAUCCUCUCACAAUCGCUGUUCCACUCGACAUUUUUUCUCUCAUAAUUAAUUAGAAAUCACUGCCUCUGUAUUGCAGUAAAAAGAGCUUCUUGGCUUUGUUAAUAAUUCACAGCAGCCAGUUGCUCCUGGUUUGAUAUCCAGGUCACAUGACUCCUCACACGGCUCCAUUUAUAGCCGCCUGUGAGACGAUUUUCAUCAAACUUAAAAGCUCCAGUUAUUCCCAUUCCUCUUUGUCUGCCUGUGUUUAAGAUUUUGACAUCCAGCGGGGAUGGGACAUGUGCAUUAUGGGAUGUUGAGAGCGGGCAGCUGCUGCAGAGUUUCCAUGGACACGCAGCAGAUGUGCUCUGUCUGGACUUGGCGCCCUCUGAGACUGGAAACACAUUUGUUUCAGGGGUGAGAACUCCUCCUGCUCCUCUAUAUGAGCUUUUAUUGCAGCUUAUUUAUUUAAAAAUCACCCAAUCAACACCAUUUUUUGGAUCAAAUUCUACAUAAUUCUGUUGCAUUGCAGGGCUGUGACAAGAAGGCCAAUGUGUGGGAUAUGCGUUCAGGACAAUGUAUUCAGUCCUUUGAAACUCAUGAAUCAGACAUCAAUAGUGUGCGGUAAGUUAUUUGUGUUAUUUAUCGUGCAGUUUGAACUCUGAUGUUUUAUAUUUGUGAGUGUUUACAUAUCUAUAAAAUUAUUAUUAUUACUAUUAUAAUUGUACAGUUAAAUGCAUACUGGCUUGUGAAAAAUAGCUCAUGUGUUUCUUUUUGCCCAUUUUUUCUCUUUGUUCUCAGUCAGAGUUGCUAAAAGUCUGAUAUAUAAAUUCAAAUCCCCCAUGCAGUUACUUUUAGAGUGUCACAUUGGCGAUAACUUUUCUAUUUUUGUAGAUACUAUCCCAGUGGAGAUGCAUUUGCGUCUGGCUCAGAUGAUGCUACAGUAAGUGAUUAGAUAUUUACUGCUCAAAAUGCAACCAAAACACACUGAAUGUUUGUUUUAAAAUUCUGACUCUGACUUUUUGUUACAGUGCCGUCUGUAUGACUUACGGGCAGACAGAGAAGUGGCCAUUUACUCCAAAGAGAGCAUCAUAUUUGGAGUCUCUAGUGUUGAUUUCUCACUCAGUGGUGAGAAACUUUCAAUUUUGAAAACUGAUAUAUAUGACUGUAAUAAAAGACACAGAUAGAAAGAGAGUUCGGUUGUUAAAGGCACUGUUUCUCUUUCAGGGCGACUACUGUUUGGUGGCUACAAUGACUACACCAUAAAUGUCUGGGAUGUCCUCAAAGGAACACGGGUCUCUAUUCUGUUCGGGCAUGAGAACCGUGUCAGUACGCUGCGUGUUUCUCCAGAUGGGACGGCUUUCUGCACAGGCUCCUGGGACCACACUCUGAGGGUAUGACACAUGAGUUUUCAUCGUCUGAUCUGACAACUUUGUAUCCUGCUGAGACCUGUUCUGGUAAUAACAAAUCAAUAUAAAUAUACUUGUAAAUAAAUAUAUGUUUGUUUUUUUCUAGAUCUGGGCCUAAGAAUGAAGACACAGAAGACUUAAUGGUAGACAGACCUACUGAAGAAGUACUGAUGUUUCUGUUUGCUAGAGUACAAUCACAGUGAUAGAGACUCAGACUUGGGUUGUACAUAGAGAGUAUCAAUAGCAUUGUAUAUACUCCAGUCUCAUGGCCAAGGUAGGUUUACAUGUUCCAGAGAGCAAUUAAACCAACUGGCACGCUUGUAUAACAGUAUGAUUUAUCAGAAAAUUACACAGAAAUAGUUAAUGAUUACAAUUUCAGAUGUAAAAUGCAUAUGGCAGAAAAAAACAUUGGUAGUGAUUCGCAUCAGUCUUGGAUAGACGUGACACAAUAAAUUGAUGUAUUGUAUGUGCCCACACAAAGUACAAAACUUAUGUAUUUGUUUUUGUUUUUUUGCACUUAAAAUACUAGAGGCAUGAUGUUUGUGAAAGGCAAGGGGAUACAAGGAAACCAAGUAAAUGUACAGGACAAACCGUUAUCUUUGGACUCCGCUUCAGUAAGAUUGGCUUUAAGAAUUGAAUUGAUAUUAAUCUGAAGCCAAAAUAAUACAGGUUAUGAAGAAGCGUAAAAUAUAAUGAGCAAGUUAAAUGUAUGUGAGUAAUCUAAGAUGCAAAUAGAUGUGUUUUAUUUCACACCUUGUACACACCAAGAAGACUUCUCUAUCUUAAACGAGUCACCUGCAGAUAUUAUUUGAAUAUGAACAUUCACAGAGAAAUAAUACAAAGAUGAUAAUACAAAGUGUUGAUUUUUCAUCCCUAUGAUUUUCAAGUCUGGUUUACCUCUCAUCUGUUUGUUUUUUAGCCAUGGAGGCCUCUUACUGCUCUAUGUGCACAUUCAGUCACUGCAGACACCCUGAACCUGUGGUCCCCGACUAGAUAUCUAAAUAUGAAUAUAUAAAAACAUGUUAAAUUCUUAGAAUGUAAUCCUUUUCAUGCAAUUGUCCAAUGACUGUCAUUCUAUAUUCACUGUAAUUAUUUUAUUGUAGUUUAGUGUACAGUAAUACAAGGGACUGUUUAUUAAAGUAUUAAAAACAUAAUAAACUGAGUUUUGAAUAUCAAAA